AUGGCCAAACUGAAGAUUUACUACGAUAUGCAACAGAGUGUGUGGAAGGUAAGAACCAUCGUUGACGAACACAACCACGAGCUUGCCCCAGCGAUGUUUACAAAUCUCCUUCCUAGUCAUCGAAAGAUGAGCGAAGGCGACAAGGCACAGGUGGAUAGUUUCAAGCAGUUUGGGAUCCCAACCUCGAAAAUAAUGGCUUACAUGGCAGGGCAAUCUGGUGGGUAUACAGCCACUAUCGGUUACUUAGAGGGUAAGGCGAAUGUGGACAUGAUGACCUCGGCACGCUACACACAGACCUCGGAUAAUCGGCUGGGUAGCCUAUUUUGGGCUGAUGGGGAGAUGAUGGCAGACUAUCAGCUAUUCGGUGAUGUUUUGGCAUUUGAUUCUACGUAUCAUUCUAACAAGUACAGGAAGCCACUGGUGGUAUUCUUUGGGUCAAAUCACCACAAACAAACAUCUAUUUUUGGGUUCGCGUUGCUUGAGGAUGAAGAGGUUCAUACUUACCAAUGGGUGUUAUUGAACCUGCUAGACGUGAUGGGACAUAAGAAGCCUUGUGUAGUAGUCACGGAUGGGGACAAGGCGAUGCGAGCUGCAAUUGCAGAGGUGAUCCCAACCACAAAACAUAGGUUGUGCUGUUGGCACCUUGAGAAGAAUUGCGUCCAGAGGGUUAAGGAGACAGAAUUUUGCAAGGUUUUUCAAAAGGUGCUGUAUGCCAACUUGGAUAUCAAUGAGUUCGAGGACUUUUGGAAGACGCUGGUUGAGUCGCUUGGCCUACAAGAUAACAUCUGGGUUCAGAGCACAUACGAUAGUAGAGAAAGUUGGGCAAUGGCCUACCUGAGGGGCACAUUCUGUGCGGUAUACAGGACAACCUCAAGAUGUGAAGGGAUCAAUGCUUUCGUUAAGGGUUUUCUUAGAUCAACUGAUAGCAUUUUGGAACUUGUACACAGUUUAGAUCAAGUUGUGAAAGACUAUCGGAAUAAUGAAGUAAUGGCCCAAUUCUAUUCUACCUAUUAUACUCCUGUGCUAACGACCGGACUUGAUUCGAUCGAGCUGUUUGCUUCGAAGGUGUAUACACGAGCGGUUUUCAGAGAAGUGAAAAAACAAAUAAAGGGUGUGGCGACGCUAUUGUUUCAGGGCAGGGACGUCAUUAGCAUGACGUGUGUGUACAAGUUUUCAAAGAUGAGGAAACCUAAUAGGACAUACAAGGUGUUGUAUGAUCCGAACGAGGAAAGGAUUGAUUGUGAAUGUUCAAUGUGGAACAGUGAGGGGAUUCCCUGUAGUCAUAUAUUCUAUGCGAUAAAGUAUGAGGGCUUGGAAAAAAUACCGGGCGGUCUUAUUUUGAGCAGAUGGUGCAAGGAUGCAAAGGAAUGGAGAUCGAAACCCCCCGAAAGUACAGAGGGCCAUCAAGGACGCUUGCUUAGAUAUGGGGCCCUUUGUGGGGCGAUGAGUGUGGUAGCAAAACUCGGGGCAGAAGAUGCAAAUGAGUUUGUUGUGGCUAGAGACGGGAUUUCACGUCUCACAGCAGAACUGCAACGACGAGCAUACAACAAGCUAGGAGGGCCCCCGGGUUUAUCGUCGCUAUCUGGGCUGAAGGACCCGGUGGUGUCAAAGACUAAGGGUGCUCCGAGGAAGGGGAAGGAGAUGCAUUUCGGCAGCGAGGGUGAGCGGGAUCAUGGUGUUGCUGGCACUGACGCUUGCGUGGUCUAUAGUUCUGCGGAGUGUUCGUCAGCGAAACCAAGUGCCCCGUAUACAGCUGGAAGGACGCAAGAUGCCGACAAGGAUGGGGGCAUUCAGUCGGAGAACGGCGACAAUAGGCAGACUGUUCCAGAUUGUGCUGAAACAACCUCAACUCGGUCAAUGCAUGGGUGUAGUCUUGCGCAUUGUAGCCCCCACAUGGGUGUCGGCGGUGAGGGUUCCAACAUCUUUCUCGGAGGGCAACACAUCGAAUAG